CUCACACUAACCCAUUACCAUGUCAAACCACAGAAAUGAAACUGUUCCUCUGAAAACUACCUGAUGAAGUGCUGAACGAGCAGUUUGUAUCGCUGGAGUGUCGCUUGUUAAACAACAAGCCACAACAACAACAACAACAACAACAUGUUUGGGAAGAAGAAGAGAGCUCCGCAGCCCAGAGGCCAGGGCGCUGCUGCUGCCAAGCAGAUGGGUCUGUUUGUAGACCUGGACCCUGAGCAGAUGAUGAUGGGGAUGGAGGGGGAUUUGGACGACCCUGACCUGGAGGCUGAACUUGCUGCUAUCACUGGAAAUAAAGCUGCUGCUGGAGAAAGAGCCAAACCUAAGGGGAAAAGCCCGCUGCCCAUGGAAGACAUCGCAAAAAUGGCAGAUGAGUGUAUGAGAGAUGUGGAUGAUGAUGAAGAUGACAGUAACCUGGAGGACGAUGAAGAUCUAUUGGCAGAGCUACAGGAAGUGGUGGGUGAGGAGGAAGCUGAGGAUGUUUCCUCCACAUCCUCCGCCACUGCUGAAUCUUCUCAAGCUGAAACACCAGAGUCGCCACCUCCGCAGCAGCCGGAAGUAAAGGUCCCCUCUGCAGCUCCUGACACUCUUCAGCAUACACUGGAGGAGAGAAUUGUCAUGUACAAGACGGCCUUACAAAAUGCUAAAACUGCAGGGGAGACCUCCAAAGCCCGGAGAUAUGAGCGUGGCCUGAAGAAUCUGGAGUCAAUGUUAGCUGCUGUUAAAAAAGGGAGAUCUGUGGACGAGGCAGGGAUCCCCCCUCCUGUUGCCACUGGAGCCCCAAGUGCCGCGCCUCGUCCUGCUGUUCCCCCUCGACCUGCUCCCCCUGUUCCCUCACCUCCUGAACCCACUCCUUCAGAUCAGCAGGGGGAGUCAGAGGCCACAACGCCACCGCCUGCUGUACCAGAGAUCAUCACCCCUGGCGGUGAAGAGGAGCAGUUGGCCCCCACCACCCCGCCCACUCUGAGCACCAUCCCAUCUCCAGAGGAGCCAACAGAGGAGCCUGCCGACCAGCCUCAGACCAGUCCAACAGAUGCCAACGAGGCAACCAAGACUUUGCUUUUGGAGAGGCAGAAAGAAUACAAGAUGGCAGCACUGAGGGCCAAGAAGCAGGGAGAUCUGGAUCAAGCUAGGCUUUACUUCAAGACCAGCAAGAGGUUCGAUGCUGUGAUUGAGGCGUUGGAAAAAGGACAAGCAGUCGACCUAAGUGGCCUUCCUCCAUCUCCAGGACAGGGUCCAGGAGGAGGCUCUGCUCCAGUGAAGGAACCUACUGCUGGGCAAAACGUAGAAGUCACCCAACCGGUUGCAGCAGCUCCAGCCGCUGCACCCCCAUCAGCCCCUGCAGCUCCCAAAGAUGUGUUGGAGGCUCUGGAGCAGAGACGAGCCAAGUAUGUGGAGGCGUCCAAUCAGGCCAAAGCCAGUGGAGAUGAUCGCAAGGCCCGAAUGCACGACCGUAUCGCCAAGCAAUACCAGAGUGCCAUCCGAGCUCACAAAGCAGGAAAAGCGGUCAACUUUGAGGAGCUGCCGGUGCCCCCUGGUUUUCCUCCAAUCCCAGGCCUGAAAGCUACGGGGGCUGAGCAGGGACUCAUUGCUGCUCUGCAGGCAGCCGAUAAGCUCGCCUCCACUGAUGCUACCGAAGUAGCAGAUGAGGAAGAAGAUGAAAAGGAGGAGGAGUUGAAGCCUGCUGUUCCAGAAGAGCCAAAGAAGAUCACGUUGGAUGUCCCCACCCCAGGUCAAGGAAGGAAAAGGUCUCCGUCAGCCUCACCUGACAGGACAUCUGCCAGAGAAGGACUCUCACCAACAGCGGUUCAGCAACUGGAGUUUCUGGAGGGCAGGAAGAAGCAGUACAUGAAGGCGGCUCUGCAGGCAAAGCAGAAGAACGACAUGGAGCAGGCCAAGAUCUUCCUCCGCACCGCCAAGGGCUUCGAACCCAUGAUCGAGGCAGCGCGCAGCGGCAAGUCUGUGGACAUCAGCACGGUGCCUUCGCCCCCUGGUGACGAAGAUGACGACUUCAUUCUGGUUCAUCACAGUGACGUGCAGAUCUCAGAGAAAGCAGAGCAGCUUUACGCACAACUGGCCAAGAUCCUCAAAGAGCAGUACGAGAAAUGCAUGACUCACUCCAAGCAGUUCACACACCUGGGGAACAUCACGGAAACAACAAAGUUUGAGAAGAUGGCGGAGAGAUGUAAGAAGAGUCUGGAAAUUUUGAAGCUGGCGCAGUCGAGAGGUCUGCCUCCUCCGAAACAUCACUUUGAGGAGAGAUCGUUUCACACUGUCAGGAUAUUUCCAGACCUGAGUAGCACUGACAUGGUUGUUAUUAUCGUGAAAGGGAUGAAUCUUCCUGCUCCUAGUGGGAUUCAAACAAACGAUCUGGAUGCAUACGUCAAGUUUGACUUCCCCUACCCCAGCUCGGAGCAGCCACAGAAACACAAAACAGCUGUCAUCAAGAACACUAACUCCCCAGAAUAUAACCAGAGCUUCACCCUGUCAAUCAACCGUAACCACCGCGGCUUCAGGAGGGUGGUGAACUCUAAAGGCCUCAAACUGGAGCUGCUGCACAAAGGCGGCUUCCUGCGGAGCGACAAGCCGAUCGGGACGGCCCUCGUAAAGCUGGAAAAACUGGAGUCACAGAGUGAAAUCAGGGAGAUCGUAGAGGUGAUGGAUGGGCGUAAACCCACAGGUGGUCGUGUUGAAGUGAAGGUCCGACUGCGAGAGCCGCUGAGCGGGCAGGACAUGCAGACGAGCACCGAGCGCUGGCUGGUGAUCGACCCUUAACAGGUUGUUGUUUAGAUGCUGCUGAAAGACUGACGAUGAUUCACAAGAUAAAAGAUUAAAGGCCCUCAAUCAUAAACACUCGGAGGAUAGAGUUUGGGAUGUGAAGAGGACAGUCUGUUGUUCAGAGUCAACUCAGACCUACACGGGUCUUUGACUUGUUAAAACUUUUGCACAUUUGCAAGACACAAGAGCUCCCUUUCACACUGCGGUCCACCAGGAGGAGACAGGGAGCUGGUUUAUGGUAGGUCAGCUGGUCCAUUUGUCUUCAGUAUGACACCAGCUGAUGGACAAAUACUUGUUGUCUAAAUGGAGGGCAGGGUUGCUCUCUUGUUUGGUGAUUCACACAGAUGGGAUGCAGAUGUAAGCUUGUGAUGCAGCGGGGCAGACUUGUGGGCAACAAGGUGAAGGCUCCUUGAAUCAGAGAAAACUAUUCAGGCAAUGAUCACUGGGUGCUUUUCAUUAUGCUAACUUACACGUCCUCUUUGACACGGAUCAUGGAGAAUCUUCCAAUCCCUUAAAUGCAACUUGAGGAGAGAAGAGGCUUCUGGAGGAGCUUAGAGCGAGGAAACGCAUAUAUAUAAACGCCUCACCUCCACAUGUAGCACAGUCGCUUCAGCAUGAUGCUAUGGAACCAAGGGUUUCUCUUUUGCCUGCUUUGGCUCUUCAACUUUGCUGGGAGGAGCCAAACCAUGAGGAAGAGACACGUUAGCGUAGUGAAAAGCACUCUUUUUUCCCAAGAAGCCUCCUUGCGCAUCACUCCAUCUCCUGGAGGACGUCCGGCAGUGUGUGUCUCUGCUAAGGGACUCGGUGUCGAGCUAACCUGAUCCUGCUGCCCGGCAUGACUUUAGAUAAUAUAUCAAAGAAUGUGUACAUAUUCCUCAUAUUAUUACAGCUCUGGUAUCUAGAACUGCACCUAUGCACUAAUACCAAAGUAAUCACUGUUGCUGUAAGAUCCUGCAUAUUUGAAGUCGCCCUUUAGCUGCCAAACCUGUUACGAUGAAAUGAGAGCUCAGGAGAGUUUAAUAUGUGACGGGACUUUAUUUUAAAUUAUUUUUCCCCUCACAACUCAUCUGGUUUUCAGUGUGAGAACGCAGGCGGAUGCAGCAGCACCCCUCAAUUAUGUUUUAAAGGAGUAAGCCAAGAAAUCAUGAUACUACACAAGGUACGAUUAUGUAAUCAUUUUAAAGACCACACUCCGAUUUUUGGCACCUUUCACUUUGAAUAGUAAGUCCUCUAACUGUGGUCACUAAACUGCACACUCACAUAUCUUUGGCUUUAGGUGUGUUAGAUUUAUUUGUUGUUUACACUUAAUAGCACAAAGCAGUGCAGACUCACAACUGAGUUUAGUUUAAGAAGCUAAAUGUUAAUGUUAUUUAAAGGCAAACAUUAUUCACAUACGGUGGUUAAAAGGUCAUUUAUAAGUAAACAUGAUUGGAUGAGUAAACUUUGAUAGUAUCCUGUACAUAUUUUAGUUUAAGGAAUAGUUUGACCUUUGGGAAAAUACACGUAUUAGCUUUGUUGCUAAGGUCGAUGAGAAGAUUGAUACCACUCUCGUGUCUGUCUUUAUUAUGAAGCUACAGCCAGGACACAAUUAGCUUAGCUUAGCAUUAAGACUAGAAACAAGGGGAAACAGCUAGCACAGCUCAAAGUUCAAAAAUUCAUCUCUAAAGCUCAUUAAUUCACAAGACUUCUGUUGUUGUUGCUGUUUCCCCCCGCUUCCAGUCUUUGUGCUAAGCUAAGCUAAUGACCCCCUGAUGCUUCUCAUCAAAAUCUGGAUAAGAAAGUGAUCAAGUGUAUUUCCCCAAGUGUCGGAUGAAUCCUUUAAAUGUGGUAACUACCUUAUACAGCUAUGCAUCAGAUCCUGAAUCCUUCAUUGUUUUAAAGGGCCAGUUCACCUAAAUUAUAUAAGAAUUUAUAUUUUCUUAUUUAUUGUUGUGAUAUCAAGCAGUGCAGACUGAAUAUGUUUUGUGCUGCUCAGAGAUUUGGAAAAUGAAAUACCUAACAGCAAUGUUGAGAUGGAAAGCUGAUUUUUGACCUGGGAAAUUGAAACUAGGGAAAAAUAGUUGGACAAUAAUUAACUUUCAGUCUCAGCUUUGAGCCAACAUGGAGAAUUUAUCCUUAAAAGUGCCUGGAAAAAUGGAAAUUUGAACAUUAACGCUGUUCAAAUGUUUUGAACAGCUACUAAAUUGACCUCACAGGGAGACUGUUUUGUCUGUUAACAUGCAUUUUCAUAAAUAUAAAGUCCUGUAAAGUAGUUUUAUUGGAGUAACUUUCUACUGAAGAUUUAAUCCUGAAUGAACGCUGCUGGUUUGAGUUAUAAAGGUAAUCAGAUCAUUUCUGAAAAGAUACGAUGCUGUUAAAGGUUUAAAGUUUUCUGUGGUGAUAAUUUGAGUGAACUGACCCUUCAAAGGUUUCAUGCAUAGGAUUUAGGGGCAUCUAUUGGCAAACAUGGAAUAUAAUCUCACAAACAUGUUUUAAUUUGUUAAUAAUCACCUGAAAAUAAGAUUUGUUACCUUAAAAUAAGCUGUUUAUAUCUGCACACGGAGCGGGUCUGCUUCCAUGGAGUCAGCCAUUGUGUUCUAUAGUAGCCCAGAAGGGACAAACCAAACACUGGCUCUAAAUGGGGCCAUUCUGCAACCUCACCACUAGAUGCCACUAAAUCCUUCACACUCAACCUUUAAAGUUUUAACUGCAGCAUUGUGAAAAAUGCUCCACAAGAAGCCAUAACAAACACACUGAGUCAACUACAUCAAUACAUUUCCCAACAUGUUUACCUCAAAACUGUCUGUAACAUUAUUACGUUACUGUGGUCACAACAUUUCUUUGUUUCUCCAUUUGAGGAAAAACAUCAUCAAUCAAUGCAGCGUUAAUAUAAAACAUUGGCAUAAAUAUUAACAACACUGUUACCCAUCAUUUUAUUUUCUGUUUAAACAUACUUGUUUACAAAGAUCGAUGAUGUCAUGUUGUUUAUAUUUACAAAAUGAUAAUCUCUGUAAUAAUAAUCCCAAAAACAGAAUUAUGGCUAUAUUUUGUUUUUAAUUGAAGACUGAAUUUGCCUACCCUGCUUAAAAAUGUACCAAUUAAAAAAUAUCUGGUUUUAA